ACACAAGUAGAAGAUGGAGAGGUUUUUGAAGCGCCGCAAUUCGUCACCGCCUUCACAUCAUCCACCGGCGAAGCGAAAAAUAACGAGAGAAAACAUGGAUCUCGACCUGAUUCAGCUCUACGAUUGGACGACAGCGUCGAGACUGUACAAACAACUGGAGAAGGAAAUCGACUACAACACGCCUCAACAGUCGAGAAUACACGUAUUCGGUAAGUGGCACGACAUUCCACGAAAACAGGCGGCCUACGGCGAUGAAGGUCUUUCGUACAAGUUUUCUGGAAUUACUGUCUAUCCCAAGUCGUGGACUCCCGUACUAACCGAGAUCAAAAAGAAAGUCGAGCAUCAACUUGGCAUCAACUUCAAUUUUGUCCUCGUAAAUCGAUAUGAGAACGGUCAGCAGCACAUCGGAGAACACAAAGAUGACGAGAAAGACUUACUUCCCGACUCGCCAAUCGCAUCCGUAACAUUCGGACAGGAAAGAGAAUUCGUAUUCAGACACGAGGACUUGCACUUCAAACGACGUCGUUCGGACGAAAUCCCACCAGUCAAACUAAUGCUAAAGCACGGAUCGUUACUGGUAAUGAACAGUCCCACUAACAAAUUCUGGUAUCACUCGCUGCCGGUUCGUAGAGCCGUCACACAAACUCGUGUAAACCUCACGUUCAGACAGAUGCGUAUUGCAAAGGUCGACUAACACUACAUCUACACUGACAAGACAAAUGGGGACCAGCCAGCCUGUUGAGUCGGCCAGCUGGGUGUGAUCAUUGAACAAGUCAGCAUGCAUUUACACUGCUAUGUAGUGUAGGAAUGGGCAGAUAGGCGUGUUUUAUUGUCACGUGAUUAUCACAUGUCCUAAAUGUAUAUAAAACAUGGAUGCCAGAUGAA